AGCCAGGACCAUGCCUCACGGCCUCCGGUGUACAAAGCAAUUGGUAUUAUUCUUGCCGUAUGCUCUGGUCUCUUUAUCGGAACAUCGUUUGUCUUGAAGAAGCAUGGAUUGCUCAAGGCCAACGAGAAGUACAACGAGACUGCUGGCGAAGGCUACGGUUACCUCAAGAAUGGAUGGUGGUGGACUGGAAUGAUCUUGAUGAUCAUAGGUGAAGUAUGCAAUUUUGUUGCGUAUGCUUUUGUCGAUGCUAUCCUUGUUACUCCCUUCGGAGCCCUCAGCGUUGUCAUCACCACAAUCUUGUCAGCAAUCUUUCUCAAAGAGCGCCUCAGUUUUGUUGGCAAGGUUGGCUGUUUUCAAUGUGUGAUUGGCGCUGUCAUUAUUGCUCUUAAUGCUCCUGAGCAAUCUUCUGCUGCCAAUAUUCAGCAAAUGCAGCAUUUUGUCAUCUCACCUGGUUUCUUGGCAUACACUGGAGUCGUCAUUGUUGGAUGUAUCUUCACUGCUCUCUGGGCUGGUCCCCGAUACGGUAACAAGAGCAUGUUCGUCUAUCUCACUAUUUGCAGUCUUAUCGGUGGAUUGAGUGUCGUUGCGACUCAAGGUCUUGGUGCCGCUAUUGUUGCCGCUAUUGGCAAGACUACUCCGGUCAACCAGUUCAAGCAAUGGUUCUUAUGGGUCUUGUUUGUUUUUGUCAUUUGCACACUAUUAACAGAGAUCAUCUAUCUCAACAAAGCACUCAACAUCUACAAUGCUGCUCUGGUCACGCCAACAUACUACGUCUAUUUUACUUCUGCAACCAUCGUUACGUCAGCCAUCUUGUUCAGAGGAUUUGGCGGCAGUACGGUAGGUAUAGUAAGUGUGAUCAUGGGCUUCUUGACAAUUUGCUCUGGCGUCGUAUUGCUUCAGCUCGCAAAAUCGUCCAAGGAUGUACCAGAUACAGCAGUAUUCAAGGGAGACUUGGAUCAAGUCCGCACCAUUGCCGAACAAGAAGAGCCAGAGAGCGAGCCACGUGCCGACACUAUUCGUGGUGGUGCUGCAAUCGUCAGGGCGCUCAGCAGGAAGCGUACCAUGAAGCAGCUUGAUGAAGCUCGCACUAUCGCUAGCGAACACAUGGAGCCGAUUGGCGAGGACGAUACGGUGUAUUUCGACGGUCUACGACGCCGUAAGACUGUUGUUGCACCCAGUGGACACACGUCGCUGCAAUCAGCAAAGACUGCUCACCCUCCAUUGGGUCUGACACAUUUCCCUGACGAGCAUCACACUGAUAGUGACAGCGACAAUGAUGUGCAUCCUGGAUUCUUGCCGCGUUUCCGCCGAAGUAAGAAGAAGUCACGACACCCGUCCGGAGAACAUUCUUUGAUGGAGAUGAAACCACCACUUACCCUAAAGUCCCAAUCAACCUUCUCGACAACAGCCGACGAGGAACCUGCGCGUGAGCACGUCUAUGGACUACCAUCAGGACUUCGCUCACCUAAUCUUGACACCGACACUUCCUAUAAAGGCGGAAGUGCGAUCCAUUGGACAACCAGCAUCGACGAGCGAGAGAAGGAGCGCGCUAUGAGCCAAUCCAGCUCGCUCAUGCCACCCAAACCUCCGCCACACUCAUCAAGA